AUGGCUCAGUCAGAUAAUUGUGGCAAAGAUGGUAGAUGGUCUCUUGAGGGAACCACAGCUCUUGUUACUGGUGGAACCAAAGGAAUUGGGUAUGCUAUUGUGGAGGAAUUGGCAGGGCUUGGGGCUACCGUGCACACGUGUUCUCGAAAUGAAGCUGAUGUUAAUAAGUGCGUGAGCGAGUGGAAGAAGAAGGGCUUUAGAGUCACUGGUUCAGUCGCUGACCUUUCUUCUCGAGCCCAAAGAGAGGAGCUUAUGAACACAGUUUCUCAUGAAUUUAAUGGCAGAUUGAACAUCCUUAUAAAUAAUGUGGGAACCCAAAUUCCUAAAACAACCCUUGAGGUAACGGCUGAAGAUUUUUCGUUCCUCAUGGCUACCAACUUUGACUCUGCAUAUCACUUGAGCCAACUUGCGCAUCCUCUUCUAAAAGCAUCGGGAGUAGGAAGCAUUGUUCUUAUUUCUUCCAUUGGUGGAUUGUUGGCAAUAAGUGGUGCAUCCCUUUAUGGAGCAACUAAAGGAGCAAUAAACCAACUUACUAGAUGUUUGGCAUGUGAGUGGGCACGAGACAAUAUCAGGACCAACUGCGUUGCACCUGGGGCGAUAAAAACUCCUUUAUUUGAGAAGGUUGUUCACAAUGAGUACUUAAAAGUUUCAAAUGCACGAACACCUCUUGGACGACCUGGGGAGCCAGAUGAGACAUCAUCCUUAGUAGCAUUUCUCUGCCUACCUUCAGCCUCUUUCAUAACGGGACAGACAAUUUAUGUUGAUGGAGGGAUAUGGUCUCUUGAGGGAACCACAGCUCUUGUCACUGGAGGCUCCAAAGGAAUUGGGUAUGCUAUUGUGGAGGAAUUGGCAGCACUUGGGGCCACCGUGCACACAUGCUCUCGAAAUGAAGCUGAUGUUAAUAAGUGCGUGCGUGAGUGGGAGGCGAAAGGCUUCCGAGUCACUGGUUCAGUGUGUGACCUCUCUUCUCGAGCUCAAAGGGAGGAGCUUAUGAACACAAUUUCUCAUCAAUUUAAUGGAAAACUAAAUAUCCUUAUAAAUAAUGUGGGAACCAACAUUCUUAAACCAGCACUGGAUGUGACAGCUCAAGAUUUCUCAUUUAUGAUGGCUACCAACUUUGAAUCUGCUUACCACCUGAGCCAACUUGCGCAUCCUCUUCUAAAAGAAUCAGGAGCAGGAAGUAUUGUUCUCAUUUCUUCCAUUGGUGGAUUGUUGUCAUUAGGCGGUGCAUCCGUUUAUGGAGCAACUAAAGGAGCAUUAAACCAACUUACUAGAAGUUUGGCAUGUGAGUGGGCACGAGACCAUAUUCGGACUAAUUGCGUUGCACCAGCGGCGAUAAGAACCCCUUUAAUGGAUAAGGUAAAUGCAUUUACAAGCAAUUCCAAAGCUAUGGAAGUUUCAAAUGCAAGGACUCCUCUUGGACGACCUGGGGAGCCAGAGGAAGUAUCAUCCUUGGUGGCGUAUCUCUGCCUACCUGGAGCCUCUUACAUAACUGGACAGACAAUCUGUAUCGAUGGAGGGAUGUCUGCAUUUGGAUUAGACCCCCUAAGAGCAAUGACAGAAUGACAGAAUGACAGAUGAUCAGAUAUAAUAAAACCAAGCUUCUGAAUAAAUUUCCCAAGCACUCCAAAUAUUGUUCCUUCUAUGUCAUCUUUUUAAUGUUUGUUUUGAGCCAUCAUGCAUGUAUCGAAAUCUCAUAAUAAUAAACUUCAGCAGGGCUUGUCUCUGAUUUUAUCCGA